AUGAGAGAUUUGCGCGUGUCAUCUCCGAAUAAAAUCAAGAUGGUAUUCGAUGAACCAAAUAUGAGCGAUUCUGGUCUACUUAUAAGUGUAGAAGACCUCAUCAACCAGGCUAUGGGACCUCAAGAAAUGAACGUCAUCAAUUUCAAAGUAUUGCAAAUGGUAUUACAUAUACUGGCCCGACAACAGCGGCUACUGGAACAAAGAGUGGAAAUUAGAUAUACCGAUAUAGCUCCACCGCGACAAAAGGUAAAGAAAGAUAAGAUAAUGGAAGAGUCUGGAAGUUCUUCUCCAAGCCCCAGAUCACCAAAGGGGCGGAUGAGUGGUAUCAAAGAGAGAGAGUCGAAGAAGGAGAGAGAACAAAGGGAAAGAGAGAAGGCAGAAGAACUUGCUCAAAAGGCAAAAGAAAUAGAAGAGAGGGAAAAAGAUAGGGCAGAGAGAGCUGCGUUGAAAGAGAAGCAAAAGGCUCAAAAAUUGACACUGAAAGAGCAAGAGAAGCUUGAGAAACUAGAACGUAAAGAAAAGGAAAAAGCGGAAAGACAAGCGCAGAGAGAACAAGAGAAAGCCCAAAAGAUGAGUCAAAAGGAAAAAGAAAAGGCUGAGAAGCUUUCUCAAAAGGAACAAGAAAAAGCCGAAAAGAUGACUCAAAAGGAAAAGGAAAAGGCUGAGAAGCUAUCCCAAAAGGAACAAGAAAAGGCCGAAAAGAUGAGUCGAAAGGAAAGAGAAAAAGCUGAGAAGCUCUCGCAAAAGGAACAAGAAAAGGCUGAAAAGAUGAGCCAAAAAGAAAAGGAGAAGGCUGAAAAACUGUCUCAAAAAGAACAAGAAAAGGCAGAGAAACAAGCACAAAAGGAACAAGAAAAGGCUGGAAGACAAGCGCUAAAAGAACAGGAAAAGGCAGAAAAACUGGGUCAAAAGGAAAAAGAAAAAGGUGAAAAGCUCAGCCAAAAAGAAAAGGAGAAGGCUGAAAAGUUAGCACAGAAAGAAAAGGAUAAGAUGGAGAAAGCUUUAAGGGACAAAGAAAAAGCGGAAAAGUCGCCAAGAGAGAAGAAAAAAGCUAUUCCCUCCGAAACAAGUAUUGCAAUUUCAGAGGAAAAACGUGGCAAAGAAAAAGUUCUUAUUGUGGAAAAAGGUCCAACAACACGUCCUGAAACAUAUUCCCGUGGAAGUAUUGAAGUGGUAACACAGUCUCAAUUUGCAAUCUUGGAGUCAGCGGUAAAAGAGCUAAAGGAUCUAGUAGCUCCGCCCAUGCCUUUGAAACUGCCCGACAAUGAAACGCUCAGGAGCGAGCUGGCUAGAGGCAGCGCCUCUUUGCAAGAUACCAUGAGGGCAAUGCAGGUGGACGCCCGAGUGCUCGCCGCAGAGCAAGCGAUCAGCCGCAUGACGGGGCUCCUGCUCGCCAUUGCGGGGGCGGAGCCCGACGACCUGGACAAUUUGCUGGAGGAAGUGGAACAGAAAAGAGCUGCGGUGGAGGCUGAGGCGGCUGCUGUUAGUUUAUCAAAGGCGGCUGAUGCGCUAAAAUCGCGGCCGUCAUCAGCCCGCAAGUCAGUACUGAUCGACCCUUCAGCCAAGCCCUCUGAGGCUGCGGGCAUGACGCGGCUCAUGUCACGCAUGUCCACGGCAUCUAUGCCAAGACCGUCCAUGUCUAUAAUGAGGAAACCGUCGUCUUCUAAGACGUCGUCUGAUGCGGAUGUUGUCACUCGUGAUGAGAUGCAAGACUCGAUACACGAAUUGCGAGAAGAAUUAAUCAAAGCAAUGAACACUAUGACAAAUAAAGCGACGGCGAGUGCAGACAAUGCUUUGUACACUGCUAAAAAUGUUGCUGAUAAGCUAGAUAUAGCUUUAUCACUGGACUCCCGCAUCUCGACGCUGCACUCUCUAGCGACGGAUUACGCGGAGCAAUUGCAUGGGUUCGAUGCCGGGUUGGCCACACAGAUGCAAAGUUUCCGCGAGCAAAUGGUGCAAAUGCGAGCCGACCUCAAGGGCGGUCUCACACUGCUCGAGAGUGUUAACAAUAAUGCUGAAACUGCUGCGGUGACAGAAUUAACAGAGCGAUACCAAGAUCUAGUUACAGAGUUGGACACAACGCUGCACGCGCACCGCUCGCUCACUAAUUUCCAAACUCAACUUGCUAAUGAGUUACAUAGUCUAGUUGAAUGCGUGGAGAUGCUUCGAGAGCAAAAGGCCGAUCGCGAUGAAGUGGUCGACGGAUUGAGGGAUAAGGCGGAUACCUCCCGCCUGGCUGGUCUGCUCACUGAGUCUGAAUUCGCGACAGUUCGAGCUGAUCUCGAAAGACGACUUGCUGUGUGCCAUGACAAGUUUCAGAGGCAGGAUAAUGUGUGGAUGACGGCCAUAAAAGACCUGAACAAGAUAACAGAUGGCAAGUCGGAGAUCAUUGAUCUUCUAUCAGCUCGAGACGAGCUGCAGAAGGAGCUGCGGCUGCUGCAUCAGAGGCUGCAGGUGCUGGCUGCUGUGCUGGGGGAGCCUAAUGCGGCAGUGAUAAAGCGCAAGCUCGCCAGUGGCGCGUCGUGUGCGGCGUGCGGUGCGCCCGCGCUCAUGUCGCCGCGUGACGUCACACACGGCGCGCCGCCCAAACUACCCGCACUGCGGGACAAGAGGGGGGAGGGGGAGGGGGAGGACAGGGGCAGGGGAGAGGGAGGGAGGGAGGGGGAGGUGUGUCUGAAGGAGUGGAUGCCGGCUGAGCGGCCGGAUGAUCGGCACAUCUGCCACCGCUGGUGCGGCGGCUCCCACACGCUGGUCACAGGCUGCACGCGGCGGGAACAAGCGUUGCCGACCGAACACAGUGUGCCCACUAAACGGUAUACUGGGUAUGGGACUGAUGGAAGGUUGUAUAUGAUGGAAGACGAGUUGCAGCCGUGCAUCGAAUGCAACGAGGUGAACGCGAAGGUGCCUGAUGAUGUACCGACCCUGGACCUUGGAGCUGGUGAUAGAAGUAAGACACUAACAUUUAUUGUAACACUAGCUUUCCUCCCGCAGCUUUACCCGCAUUGUAAAGGAAAAUAGUUUCAGUUUCCGUGGGAUUUCUAGAAAAAAAUAUCCGAUAUUUUUUAUCAAAUUUCAUCAAAAUUGGAUAAGUAUGUUAGGGGUGAAGUAAAGACAAACAGACAAAGCUACUUGCGCUUUUAUAAUAUAGUAAGGAUAGUAGAAAUGCGUUGUAUAAACUCCAGAAUGGCAAUGCGAAAGUCAGGUAAUUGCCUGACUCGGGUAAGAGACCGAGCGAGACGUAGACUAUUUAGCUUUGCUAAUAAAGUCACACAUAUGCUUCUUAUUUUUGGC